CGGGGUGUGUCGCGAGAUCCGAUCCAACAUGUCCUAUCUAUAGCGCCAUACAGUAUCUCAGACUCUCUCGUGAAUCCCUUUCUGCUUGGCUCAUUCUCGAGAAAUGGCGCCGGCUUCUCAAGAUUUGACGCUUGACUGUCCCCGCCUACGCUUGUUCAUCCCUUCGUCCGGGACUUCCCUUUAGAUAUCGCGUUCAUCCAAGCGAGCUGAAAGCAGUUUUUGCUUCUCUCUAGUCUCUCCUGUGUUUUUUUUUUCUCGUCUCCUUUCCGUGCUCGACGGAGAAUAUGGCUGGUCCAACGCAGGGAAGUCCCGCGACGCGAAUAAUUCCACGCCACUCAUACUUUUUCUUGUUUCUGUUGCUCGUUGCUACAUGGACUCUCGCCUCCUUCUUCUCAAGGAGUUAUGUUGCCGCUUCGGUGGUCCAGAAUGUCCGUCUUCCUCAUCCUCGUUUACAGCGGGAUACUGACUUGUUCCAGGAUGCUUCUCAAUCCCAAAUCCCACCGAUGCCCGAGACAGAGCAGCCGGAUCAGCGAAGCAAACCCCAAAAUUCUCCAAUGCCUAACAGCCACUUGUACGCGCCUGGUUCUUUGCCGAGUAAUGCCCGUCGGUUAGCAGUUAUCAUCGAGACAAAUAUCACGUCGAGGCUCAUGCCCAUCAUGCUCCAUUUUGCCAACGUUCUGGGGCCGACAUGGACGGUUGUUCUGUUUACGCUAGAGGAAAAUUGGGUCAUGCCUUCUUCUGCCCUAUUUCUCCGAGCAGCAGCAGAGCGCAGAGUCGAGACACGCUUUCUGCCACCUGGAACCGACUUGAGCAGCAGUCCUUUGGUCUCGCUAUUCCUGACAAAGCCCUGGCUGUGGGAGCAGGUAGAAUGGGCAGAUCGGAUCUUGUUAUUCCAGCUAGACAGCAUUAUCUGCUCGAGUGCUGCAGUAACAGUGGAUGACUUUGCCAGAUACGACUUCAUCGGAGCACCGAUCGAUCCUCAAUACGGCGAGGGAUAUAACGGGGGACUGUCUUUGAGGAAUCCUAGGCUAUUCCUGCAGAUCACCAAGGAGGCAGAUUUUGAGACAAGCCCCUUCGACUACGAAGACAGCUGGUUCUACGCGCAGGCAAAGGCACGGGCGGGGGUGCUUCUUCCCACGGAAGAUGUUGCCAAGACCUUCUCAGUCGAAACCAUCUACACCGAGAAACCCCUCGGAUAUCAUCAGCCCAGUCGAUGGCAAGCUCAUAAGAUGGCCGAGAUUGAAGAGUGGUGUCCAGAGGUGAAGAUGCUUAUCGGCCGUCGUGCUACUUAAGAAGCCACAGGGCUGGUAAAGAAUCAGCCCAGUUGGAAAUCGGGGAUCCUUCCAAGUGUUCUCAUUCAGUCUUCCAGGAACACCGACGGCACCUGACAUAGGUUCUAGCCAUCCUGUAGCUAGGUAGUUAGUAAGCCACCAUGGUUGUAUCUGGGGAACGAGAC